AGCUGCCAUCGAUGCCGCUGAUCCCAUCCGCCUUGCUCUCCACACCCGCCGCCGCCAUAUAUAGCGAACACCUCAGCCUGCUCGACGCUGCUUCUCCAACCUCGCCCAAGCACCCCGCACACCUGCACGCGCCGCACCUCGCACCCACCGCCGCCACCUCGCACGCCCUCCACCUCGCCGCACCGCCGCGCCCGCUCGCACCUCUCACCCCGCGCCGCCAUGACGGACGCCGUCGAGAUCCUCGACCUGCUCGGCGUCGGCUUCGGCCCGGCCAACCUGGCGCUCGCCAUUGCGCUGCGCGAGAGCGCCGACGCCGCCGACGCCGGCUUCAAGGCGCACUUCGUCGAGCGCCAGCCGCAGUUUGCCUGGCACUCGACGCUGCUGCUGCCCGGCGCGCAGCUGCAGGUGUCGCCGUUCAAGGACCUGGCGACGAUGCGCGACCCGACGUCGUCGUACUCGUUCGUCAACUACCUGCACCAGCAGAACCGCCUCUCGGCCUUCAUCAACAUGGAGGCCAACAUCCCGAGCCGGCGCGAGUGGAGCGCCUACCUCACGUGGGCCGCGCGCCGCAUGGACGACGUCGUCAGCUACGGCGAGGACGUGCUGGCCAUCGAGCCGCUCGGCGCCGCAGACGUGGCGCAGCUGCGCAAGAGCGGCGCCGCCGUGCCGGCCGCACAGGCGGGCGAGGGCGUGCGCAUCCUCCGCGUCACGACGCAGCGCCGCGGCGAGAGCGGCACGACGGUGCGCCUCGCGCGCAACGUCACCGUCGGCGUCGGCGGCAUCGCACAGAUCCCGCCGGCGCUGCUGCCCGUGUACCCGGCGUCGCCGUGGACCGAGGCGGCGCGCGUCAUCCACUCGUCGACGUUCCUGCCCUCGCUCGCCGCCAUCGAGCCGCAGCUCUCGGCCACGGCGCAGAGGCGCCUCGGGCGCGCGUCGCCGGCGUCGGCGUCGCACUGGCCGCUGCGUCUCGCCGUCGUCGGCAGCGGCCAGUCGGCGGCCGAGACGUCGCUGCACCUGCGCCGCACCUUCCCUUCCGCGCACAUCAGCCUCAUCUUCCGCGCCUCGGCCAUCGUGCCGUCCGACGACUCGGCCUUUGUCAACGCCGCCGCCUUUGACCCCGACCGCACCGACGCCUUCUGGCGAGCCGGCACGCAGGAGCGCGCCGACUGGAUCAAGGAGUACAAGCGCACCAACUACUCCGUCGUGCGCUCCGACGUGCUCAACGCGCUCAACCAGGUGCUGUACGACCAGCAGAUCGAGCACGAGGCGCCGUGGCCGGGCGCCGACGGGCCGAGCGAGGGCACGUUUGUGCUGCGCAGCAACACACAGGUCGACAGCUCGCGCCUCGUCGGCGAGGGCGACGAGCAGCAGGUCGAGCUGACGCUGUCCAGCACCAAGCCCGACGCCGACUCGACGUCGCACACGGAGCGCUUCGACCUCGUCACGCUCGGCACGGGCUUCGCGCGGGCGCCGUCGUGCAUGAAGUUCCUCGAGCCGCUGGCGCCGCACUUCCCCGCGCUCGACCCCGAGGCCGAGCGGCGGCGUGCCGAGCUCGGCUUCCCGGGCGAGGACGAGUCGCUGGACUCGCGCCGCGCCACGCUCGACGCCGGCGGCGAUGCGGCCGAGGAGCGGCUGCGCGAGCGCGUGCGCGGCAUCUCGCGCGACUACCGCCUCGUGCCGUACGCCUCGCCGGCCUUCCACUCGUCGGGCAGCGCCAGCGCCAGCGGGAUCUCGAGCCCCGGCAGCAGCGCAUCCAGCGUCACGCUCGAGGACAGCAGCUCCAUUGCGCGCGAGGUGCCCGGUGCCUUUGAGCCGGGCGUCUACGUGCUCGGCGGCAACGAGCAGACACACGGCCUCUCCGACAGCCUGCUCUCCAUCGUCGCCUGGCGCGCCGGCGAGCUCACCGAGAGCCUGCUGGCGCGCAAGAGCGCCGCCGCACGCCGCGAAGCCGUCUCGUCGGGCAUCACGGCCGACGGCCAGACGCCGCUGGCCCCCACGUCCAACGGCCAGGCCGGCUACUUCCCGCAAAAGGCGGCGCCCAAGAGCGGCGGCAUCGUCAAGCCGCUGCUCGACCGCAUCGACUCGGCACUGCGCAUCUGAGCGCUGCUUCCUCCAGCCAUCUUAAUCCGAGCGCCAGCGCUCCCUGUCACCCACCACCUGCAUUUUGGCCCAUAUACACACAUACACGCCUGCCUGCGCCCGCCUCGCCCUCUCCCUCGACUGGACCACACUGCCUGGCCCCCGUCUCGAGCGCGCUUCUGCCUGCACCCAUGACCUUCAUGUAAUCUCACGUCUCGCUCAAUUAC